CUGGAGGGUGAGGCCAUGUCCUUGCUGGACCAGGCGAGAAACGCCCCUCAGGUUCCCGCCAGCUUCAGGCGGAGAAGUUUUCCAAGUAGGGUCCCAAGGAACAGAAGGCUUCGCCCAACCGCAUGUGAGGACUCCACCCGCCAGCCACGAUCUCCGGUUGCAGAAAUUUCUUAAGUCCAGCGCCGUGGGUCGGGCUUGUGGGGUCGAAGAGGAGGGAAUGGGCCAGGUGUGCUUGCUUUGGGAGAGGGGAACUCCAAUGGCAUGACACCGAGCGCGCGAGACGGCGCGCGGGGGUCGCCCUCCCGGGGUUCCGUCUUUGCUGAAGGCGGAAAUGGCCAAUUCGGGGCUGCAGUUGCUAGGCUUUUCCAUGGCAUUGCUGGGCUGGGUGGGCCUGGUGGCGAGCACCGCCAUCCCGCAGUGGCAGAUGAGCUCGUACGCGGGCGACAACAUCAUCACGGCCCAGGCCAUGUACAAGGGACUGUGGAUGGAGUGCGUCACGCAGAGCACCGGUCUUAUGAGCUGCAAAAUGUACGACUCGGUGCUCGGCCUGUCGGCGGCCUUACAGGCCACUCGAGCCCUAAUGGUGGUAUCUUUGGUGUUGGGCUUCCUCGCCAUGUUUGUUGCCGCAAUGGGCAUGAAGUGCACGCGCUGUGGGGGAGACGACAAAGUGAAGAAGGCCCGUAUAGCCAUGACUGGAGGCAUCAUUUUCAUCGUGGCAGGUCUUGCGGCCUUGAUAGCAAGCUCCUGGUAUGGCCAUCAGAUUAUCACAGACUUCUAUAACCCCUUGACCCCCACAAAUGUUAAGUACGAGUUUGGUUCUGCCAUCUUUAUUGGUUGGGCAGGGUCUGCUCUGGUCCUCCUGGGAGGUGCACUACUCUCUUGCUCCUGUCCUGGGAGCGAGAGCAAAGCCGCUGUGUACCGUGCACCCCACUCUUACCCCAAGUCCAACUCUGCCAAGGAGUAUGUGUGAGCUGCGACUUCCAAGUCCCAGCAUAACAGGCUAUGGGUGUGCCCAGAUGCUUGAAAAGACCUGGACAGAGAGCUCAGCCUGUGGGCAAGGUGUGGGAUACAGGCCUCCUCCUGGUUACUCCAUCCCUGCACACCAUGUACAGUUUUUCUUGGGGGUUGGGUGGGGAAGACAAAAACAGAGGGUGUGCUUUUUGUACAAUAAUAAAAACUUAAGUUUUGGAAAGUAGGCUUUCUUUUCUUUCUGUGUCUCUUGCAUU